AUGGCAGGGACUGAGAUCUCUGUCCCUUCUGUGCAGUUUACCAGAAUCAAAGAACUGGAGUCGAUGCCAGAGAAAGCCCUGGAAGUGGCGGAGGACAAUGGCUUCUGCCAAGGGAGGGAGCACCGGGGCCCUGGAGACUUGGGGGCCAGGUGCCCCGACGGGCCCCUCCCAGGCAAGAUGCCGGAGGGGGAGCAGGAGCCGGCGCUCACCACGGAGGAGGGCGAGAAGCACAUCGUGACCCUGCAGACGGUGCCCUUUUCCUCCGAAGAGGUGCAGCUGCAGGCCGGUGGCUGGCUGACCCCGACGCCCGGGGAAGGGGUGCAGGUGACGCUCCCGCAGGCCAGCGGCGGGCUGCAGUCUCUGUGGCUUGAAGAGGGGUCCCAGCCAUGCAUGGCUGUUAACAUCCAGGAAAACAUGUACGCUUUGCAAGAGAUGGAGGUGACGCAGUUUCACGUUCUGGAGGGCAGCAUGGCCGCGGCCGCCGAAGACGGCAAAUUUGUGGUGAGCCUGGCUGAAAGCGCCGGGCUGAUCAAGCUCAAGAAAAGCCAGGAGGAGGACCAGCCCCCUGCUGAAGGAGGACUCGGUGCCCAUACCAAGGAGCAGUUCUUUCUUGUGGAAGCCAAGCCCGGCGACAGAGGAAGUGACGAAAUUGUUCUGACAAUUUCAAACUUAAACGUGGGAGAACAGGAAGGCAGACCUGCCUCUGAUCCAGGACCUGUUGAAAAAACCAACUCUACAAAAAAUCAGAAUACAAAGGAAGCAAAACGAACCUUCUGCUGUGAUAUCUGCACGUUCACCUCUUCUAGACUCUCGAGUUUAAACCGUCACAGGAAAAUUCACAGCACAGAAAAGCCUUAUAUGUGCCACCUGUGCCUGAGAGCAUUCCGCACCGUCACGCUCCUGCGGAAUCACGUCAACACCCACACAGGAACCAGGCCCCACAAGUGUGGCGACUGUGCCAUGGCCUUUGUCACCAGCGGAGAACUAGUCCGACACAGACGCUACAAACACACGCACGAGAAACCCUUUAGAUGCUCCCUGUGCACCUACGCCAGCGUGGAAGGCAGCAAGCUGAAGCGGCACAUCCGCUCGCACACGGGGGAGCGGCCCUUCCGGUGCAGCGUGUGCAGCUACGCCAGCAAGGACACCUACAAGCUGAAGCGACACAUGCGGACGCACUCAGGUGAGAAGCCCUACGAAUGCCACGUGUGCCACACACGCUUCACGCAGAGGGGCACCAUGAAGACACACGUUCUGCAGAAGCACACCAAGAAUGUCCCCCGACACCAGUGUCCACACUGCGCCAUCGCCAUCGCAAGGAAGAGCGACCUGCGCGUCCACCUGCACAAGCAGCACGCGUACAAGGCCGCCGAGAUGAAGUGCCGCUACUGCACCGCCGUCUUCCAUGAGCGCUACGCCCUCGUGCAGCACCAGAAGACGCAUAAAAACGAGAAAAGGUUCAAGUGUGAAUUCUGCCCGUAUGCCUGCAAGCAGGAGCGCCACAUGACCGUUCACAUUCGUACCCACACCGGAGAGAAACCGUUUCCCUGCACCUCGUGCAAUAAAUGUUUCCGACAGAAGGAGCUUCUGAACGCGCACUUCAGGCGGUGCCACGACCCCAGCUUCGUCCCGACGGUGCACCGCUGCCCCUCGUGCGGCAAGGGCUUCUCCCGCUGGAGUAACAUGCGAAGACAUUCCGAGAAGUGUGACGCGGGGCAAGGAGAGCCGGCGGCCUCGGGAACCGCGAGAAGACCGGAGGGAGACCUGACCGUCCUGAGAGACGCAGGAAAGGAGGACGAAGACGCCGCGAGGGAGGUCUGUGCUUUGAUGGGGGAGCAGUUCCCGGGAGAGACGUCGGCGGUCAGUCACGGUCACGGAGGCGGCGCGGCCGGCAGCGAGGCCCUGAGCUGUGACCUGAUCCUCCGGAUGAUGCUGGAGUGAGGGGCUUCCUGGGCGCCCCGGGCGGUCCGUUCUUCGCCAAGUUAGAAUUUUAGAGCAUCUUCUUCGAAACAAGUUCGUGACGAUGGGUGAUCUCAAGGUUUCCAGAGUUCGAGAU